AUGUACGCAAGCUACACGGACGGCAAGGACGACCUCGUCCUCCCCACCAUUAUCACACGUGAUGACUUUGCCGAUAAGCCCGAAUUCGACCCGGACGCGUUUCUUUACGACAACCAUCGCUUCACCUCGCUUGACUCUCUUCUCAGAGACCUCAAGAAACUCUCAGAAAACCUCAACCAGGACCUUCUAGAUCUUGUCAACAGCGAGUACACAAGCUUUAUUCAGCUCGGCCAGUCCAUUGGCGGCUGUCUCGAGCUCAUCAAUAACAUCUCGCUAGAUGUGGGCAAAUUCAACCAGCAGUUGGUUUCAUCGAAGAAAAACAUGGCUGAUUCGAGGGACACGGCGCAGAGGGCGCUUCAGCAGAAAAAGAGGCUCAAUUUGCUAAAAAACAAGGCCAAAUUGGUUCUUUUGCUCAACGAGCAGUGCACCAGUUUUGAGACCCUUUUGGGGCUCGACAUUGGUGAGCUCAGCGUGAAGCGUCUACAACCUAAGCUUCUGACGCUUACGACAUUGUAUCUUUCGGCGACGAAAAUCUAUGCUAUUUUGGACGAGGCGCACGAGGAGGGUUGCGUGUUUUUUGAGAAGUCGCUUAAACCGAAGCUUCUGUCGUUGCAACUUGAGUUCAAGGCGUACAUCAAGGAGACGUUAGAUCGUGUGCGCAAAGAGCCCAAGGGCUACGAUACCGUGAUCAUGAGCUUGCUUCAUUGCCAGCGCAUUGUUGGUUCGUCCAGUUAG